AUGUUUAUAAAAUCAUGGGCGCAUAUAUGUAAAUUAAAUGAACCGUUAACCGGGACUCUACCGGAGGAAUUAACUCCGGUUAUCAAUCGUACCGUUAUUGACCUCCACGUGGCGGAUCUCGAGUCGAAGAUGUUGGAAUUAAAUGAACCGAGAACACUGGAACUGCCUCCGGUUACGAAAACCGGAUCCGGUUUGGUUAGACUCACGCUCGAGUUAACUCGGGAGCACAUCGACAAGCUCAAGGAGCGUGCCGAGAGUGAGGUAACUCGCUUGUUGUCGACGUUCGUGGUCGCCAGCGCGUAUCUGUGGAGUUGCUUGGUGAAGGCGCGUGGAGGCGACGCGGAUAGACCGGUUGCGUUUAUGUACGCGGCGGAUUUUCGAAACCGGUUGAACCGGCCGGUUCCGGAUAAUUAUUUUGGGAACUGCGUGUUCCCAAUUGGUUGUUUUGGGUACGAAGCUAAGAUGUUGAUGGGAGAAGACGGUUUUGUAAACGCUGUUAAGAUUCUAACGGAUUCUGUUAGAGAUUUGGGUUCAAGAGGGAUUGAAACGGUUUGCGAGUUGUAUGUUGAUGGGAUUAAGAAUCUCAAACCGGGUACUCAGAUUGAUUCGGUUUCUAUACGAGGCGGAUUUUGGGUGGGGGAGACCGGUUAA